CUGUGUGUCUUGAAUCAACACAGCGUGUUUUUUUAAAUCGAGCAAUAUUUAUUCGUUGUUUAGCUUUUAAAGAGCGCUGUGUAAUGCGGUUGAUUACCAACUGUAGUAUAUUGAGGUGAUUUUACUUGUUUUACUGACGUGUUUCUUUGUUCUACGUCUGUAUUUCCGUGCUGUUCGCAAUAUAUCCACCGUUCCAUGUAUACACCGAACGAUUGCUUGUGAUUGUAUUGAUUCGUAAUCGUGAAGUUAUACCCACUCAGUAAACGGCGGGAUCGGCGAUACGAAAACAGCAAAUAUGAAAGUAAAGGUACUCAGUCGAAAUCCAGAUGAUUGCAUCAGAGAAACUAAAAAUGAUAUACACAAAGUACCGCGAAACUAUAACCCUUCCUUACAUCCAUUUGAGGCUGCUAGAGAGUACACCAGAGCUUUGAAUGCUACGAAAUUAGAACGAGUGUUUGCCAAACCUUUUCUCGGAUCACUAGAUGGUCAUAAAGAUGGUGUGCAUUGUAUGUCAAAACAUCCAACAAGUUUAUCCACCUUGCUGUCUGGAAGCUGUGAUGGAGAGAUUAGACUAUGGAAUCUGGCCAGCAGACGGUGUACCAGAAGUAUCACAGCCCAUACAGGGUUUGUCAGAGGGCUCUGCUGUAAACCUGAAGGAAAUCAUUUCUUUUCUGUUGGUGAUGAUAGUACGAUAAAACAGUGGGACAUGGAGACAUCAGAGUCUGAUGAACCAAUCAAUACUAUAAUAGGAAAGAGUAUUUAUAUUUCAAUUGAUCACCAUUGGAAAGAUGCUGUAUUUGCUACAUGUGGUCAGCAAGUGGAUAUAUGGGACGCCAGUAGAACUGAUCCUAUUAGGUCAUUUACAUGGGGAACAGACAGUAUACAUAGUGUCAAAUUUAAUCCUAUAGAGACACAUCUUCUUGGAAGUUGUGCUGCUGACAGGAAUAUUGUCUUAUAUGACAUGAGAGGAGCCGCACCUCUGAGAAAAGUUAUUCUAGAUAUGAAAUCUAACACCAUAGCGUGGAAUCCAAUUGAAGCGUACAUUUUCACUGCCGCUAAUGAAGACUACAAUCUCUAUACUUUUGACAUGAGACGUCUUGACAUGCCAGUAAAAAUCCAUAUGGACCAUGUCUCUGCUGUCUUAGAUGUGGACUAUGCACCUACAGGUCUGGAGUUUGUUAGUGGAAGUUUUGAUAAAUCAGUCAGGAUAUUCCCAACUGACAAGGGACGUAGUAGGGAAGUAUAUCAUACAAAACGAAUGCAACAUGUGUCCUGUGUCAAGUGGUCUAUGGAUAAUAAAUACGUUUUAUCAGGGUCUGAUGAGACCAAUAUUAGAGUUUGGAAAGCCAGGGCUUCAGAGAAACUCGGGGUGAUGCGACCAAGAGAACAAGCCGCCAUGGAUUACGAUGCAAAACUAAAAGACAAAUUUCAUCAUUUCCCACAACUGAAGAGGAUUUCUAGACACAGACAUGUACCAAAAGCCAUAUAUUCCGAAGCCAAAACAUUACGUAUUCAGAGAGACUCCAAACGAAGAAAGGAGUCAAACAGAAGAAAGCACAGCAAACCUGGGGCUGUUCCCAUCAUUCCAGAGAGAAAAAAACAUGUUGUUGCAGAAGUACAAUAACUUUGCAAAUGUUUUUAUUGUUAUUUUAAUAUUGCAAAAAAUAAAUACAAAAACAGGUCACAUCUUCACUU